GGGCCCGCUUCCUCUUUCCGUGCGGCCCCGCACUGCUCGGCUGUGUCGAGCUUCGUGUCCCGCCGUGUCUGUGAGAAAUGCCGGCCAGACUCAGCUGCCAGCCCGAGGACCCGGAACCCGGCAUGGAGGUGGAGCCCGUGAAGUCGAAGGAACACAAGAGGCACAAGAAAGAUAAAGAGAAGAGAAAACACUCGGAAGAAAACAUGACCUCGGGAAAAAAGUCAAAAUGCAAAGAAAAUGGUGUACACGAAGAACACCGGCACUCAACGGAUGAAAGUGACCUGAAGCCCCCAAAAUCAAAGAAGUACAAAUUGGCCAAGGAUGAUUGUGAUGGAAACGCUGAAAGAAAAAACAAACGGGAAGAAAAAAAUGGGUUGGUAAAAGAUUCACAAUCUGAAGCCGUUCCGUGUUCCAGCGAUGAUUCCAUACAGUGCUCAGAGGGUGAAGUAGAAGAGGAGCUUUCUCUUGAACAGAGAGAAGGGGCCUUUUCAAACUUCAGAAUUUCUCAGGAGACCAUUAAACUGCUUAAGGCCCGAGGUGUGACCCACUUGUUUCCGAUACAAGCACAGACAUUCGACCAUAUCUAUGAUGGGAGUGACUGCGUGGCACAGGCCAGGACUGGCACAGGCAAAACAUUUUCCUUUGCCAUCCCAUUGGUAGAAAAACUGCAGUUGGACUUGACUGAACAAAGGAGGGGUCGGCCUCCAAAGGUCCUUGUACUUGCUCCAACAAGGGAACUUGCGAUUCAGGUGGCAAAAGAUUUCAAGGAUAUCACCAGAAAACUUGCUGUCUCUUGUUUUUAUGGUGGAACAGCAUACAAUGGUCAAAUGGACAGCAUUCGCAAUGGCAUCGACAUUUUGGUGGGAACACCUGGCCGAGUCAGGGACCAUUUGCAAAACAUGAAGAUCAACUUGUCUAAGCUAAAGCACGUGGUCUUGGAUGAAGUGGACCAAAUGUUGGACAUGGGCUUUGCCGAGCAGGUGGAGGAUAUUCUGAGUGUUGCGUACAAAAAAGAUUCCAAAGACAAUCCUCAAACACUCCUCUUCUCCGCGACCUGCCCUCCCUGGGUUUAUGAAGUUGCAAGGAAAUACAUGAAAGAUAAUUACAAACAGGUUGACCUCAUUGGCAAACGGACUCAAAGGGCAGCAACAACUGUUGAACACUUGGCCAUUACAUGCCAUUGGUCAGAGCGACCAUCUGUCAUUGCUGAUAUCAUCCAGGUAUACAGCGGCAGUCACGGGCGAACUAUUGUCUUCUGUGAAACAAAGAAGGAAGUAAACGAGCUGGUGAUGAAUAACUCUUUAAAACAGGAAGCACAAUGUCUUCAUGGAGACAUUCCACAGAAGACAAGAGAGGCUACAUUAAAGGGUUUUCGGGAUGGCAGCUUUGAGGUCCUCGUUGCCACCAAUGUGGCUGCGCGUGGCUUGGACAUUCCAGAAGUCGAUCUGGUAAUACAGAACUGCCCACCAAAAGAUGUGGACUCCUACAUUCAUCGUUCUGGUCGUACUGGCAGAGCUGGACGCACGGGGGUCUGUAUCUGUCUGUAUCAGCGCAAGGAGGCGGCCUAUUUGAGGUCCGUGGAGCUGAAAGCUGGUUUGAAGUUCAAACAUGUUGGAGUUCCAACAGCAGCUGAAAUCAUCAAAGCUUCCUGCAAAGAUGCCAUAAGGUCCUUGGAUUCCGUUCCAGCAUCAGUGAGUGAACAUUUCCGUGCUGCUGCUGAAAAGCUGAUUGAGAAGCGAGGAGCACUGGAUGCCUUGGCUGCUGCUUUGGCACACAUUUCAGGAGCAAAGAGCUUUGAACAACGUUCUCUCCUUAACUCAGAAAAGGGGUAUACAACAAUGGUGUUGGAAUGUUCAGUGGAGAUGCACAAUAUUGGCUUUGCGUGGCGAGGGCUAAAGGAACAGCUGGGAGAGACUGUGGAAAAUCAAGUGAAGGGGAUGCAGUUCCUUAAGGGUAAAAUGGGUGUGUGCUUUGAUGUCCCUCAAGAUGCUGUGGAAUCCAUAAAGGGAAACUGGCAGGACAGCCGGCGCUGGAAGCUCACCAUAGCAAAUGAAUUACCAGAGCUGGAGAAUGACAGGAUUGACAGGGCUUCAGACUUCAGGAAACAUUCCAGCAGGAGUCAGAACUGGAGAGGCAUGAAGAGAAAUUACAACAGCAUGCACAGAGCAUGGUGAUGGAACAGGUGCUGGAUCCCAGUCAGAAUACUUUUAACUCCUUGCAAAGUCAUCUUGAGCGCACCGGACCAUGCUGUGACACGCUGAGCGAUGCUGGGCCGAAAACUUUUACAUUUACAGGGCAUUGGCUGAAUUGUUGGGUAACAGCUGUGUGGUAGAAAUGAGGGUCAUUUACCUGGAUGGUUGAUUACAAAGAUAUUAAAAAGUAUUCCUUUAA